ACCCUUAUUCUUUUGAAAACAUUGUCUUUCCGCCAACAGAAUGAAGAUAUUGCAUCAAGAAGACGAGAUGUUUUCUGUCAGAAAUAUUUUUUUGUUCAUUUAUGGUUUGUAAUAAUAUCCUAUAAAGUGCAAAUAAUGAUAUAUUUUAUUUUUCAGAAGAAUGGUCGACAUACUUGAACCUGGUAAUGUUGAUAAAGAUAUAUUUGAUGUGAAGGAUAAGGUGGAGAAGUACAGAUAUCUGUGGAACCUAUUUCAAGAGUUUGAGAACUUUGCCUUUAACGAGGCGAUGAGCUCCUUCAGUCAGCAUGUUGCAGAGUGGAAGAGAAGGCGGGAAGAACUUGAUGAUCUGGGUAUCCACUAUGAUAACCGCGUGCUAGCGUUCAAAUUACUGAAAAGCUUAAACCUGAGCACUGAAGCACUGCUAGCUGUGUUUGCUGGGCUGAAGCUGGAUAGUCAGGAUUUGUUACAACUCACUCUAGAUUGUCUCACUGGUAUUGUGGGGGGCAAAAAUUCAUUGAAAACCUUUCCAUAUAAAUUGACGAUGGAAGAAACACAAUUUGAAGGGGAGAACCUUGAUCAUGAUGUAUUGAUGGAUCCGCUUUCAGAUAAUGAAAAUGAACAUCCCAUCAAAGAGGAAGUGAAUAUCGAGGAGAAUGAUGAAGAAUUCAAAACAAGAAUUGGCUCAGAAUCUGCUUGUAAUAUCUGCCCCAAGAAGUUUGACUCUAACGACGAUUUGACGAAUCACAUGAAAACUGCACACAAGAAACUGAACAAAUGUGUUACAUGUCAUGAAACGUUUUAUAAAGCUGCAGAUCUUUAUAAUCAUUUGAAAACUCAUUCAAAAAAAGGAUCCGUGCCGUAUGAUUUCGCGAGGAAAAAAGAUCUUCCUUCUGUAUUCCAAUGUGAACACUGUGGAGACAAUCUAAAGGACCGGAAGGCCUACACUAGCCACGUCAAGAAACAUACUGGGUUCAAGUGUGUUGAUUGCAGCAAAUAUUUCGGCUCACAGGAACAACUGGAUACACACAUAGAGAAUCAUAAGAAGUACCCAUGUGAUCAGUGUGACAAAGUAUUUAUGACAUUUGGUAAAUACAAAUGCCACAUUGAGACAGAGAGUCACGGGGCUAAGAAGAACUAUGGUGAGUUUUAUAUUAGUUUUUUCAUCAUCUCUAGAGUUAUAAUUUUUAGAAUUUUAAAAGUUGUUUAAUCAAUUUUGUUCGCU